UUCACUGGGGAAAACUGUCAAAAAACUCCCAACCUCGACGGAACGGACGCUGUGUUCCAUAAUGAAAAAGUUUCCAGUGUACGCGUCAUUCAAUCGUCACGCUGCCGUCACGCACAUUCUCCGGGCGCUCCCCCGGCUCGACGGCGCGUUUGUUUUCGUUCACCGAAUGCGGCCCUGACUGGCUUGCACCCAAAACGAAACCUGUCAAAAACCGAUCGCUGCUCGUCGCAAGCGCUGUCAAAAGGCACAACAAAAAUCUACGUUCUUUUGUUUGUUGUCGCGGCUAAAAAUCGAGAAAAUUUGUUUUAAAUUGUGUGGCAAUCAGUUCGGAAGCGGUUUGUGUGUGAAUUUGCGAUCCCUAGGGGGAGUGGGACAGUGAACCGGACGACGCCAGCUCCGGGAACCGUGUGCAUUUGGGAAGCGAUGAAUCCGGUCAGUUUAUACAUCACAACCUCGCGGCUAGUGUUUCAAAGUGGCUGCGGUGGUGCCGGAGCCGGACCCGGUGGAACGGAUUCCGGCGGCACCAGCAAUGGCAGUGGCGGUGCCGGUGCCAACAGUAGUGCCUUUGCGGAUCUCAACCGUCUGCUGCCGUACUUGAGGAAGAGCUUGAGCUGUGCCGUUUGCUGCCGGCUGCUGAUGGAGCCGCACACUCCGGCGGAACUGAACUGCCAGCAUCAUGUUUGUCGGGGAUGCGUCGGCGAGCGGAAGAAGCUGAAACCGUCCUGCGCGGCGUGCAAGGACUAUAACCGGUACGUGGAAAACACCCAGCUGCGGAUGUUGCUGCAGUGCUACAAAAGCAUUUGCGAGUACAUCAAGACGAAGCCGUUCUUUGCGGAAAUUCGGAAACAGGCGACGGGAAGUACGGCGCUAAAUGGAAUCUCGGUGACGAUGAUGGGCGGUGGCGGAGGAGUCGGAAGUGCAUCUUUGGCGAAUUCCCAGCCAAUCAGCGUCCCGAGCAAUUUGUUCGAGCUGAUCGAGGAGGGGGCGCAGUUCCAGGACAACUACCGGUGCAGUUCCGGGCUGACCAAAUCGGCGUACUCGAUCCUGCCUUGCAUUUAUCCGGCGCCUCCGGUGGUGACGACGACCGUGCCGUCCGUAACGCCCUCAUCAGUGGGCGGUCAGCUACCGAGCCAGCAACUAUCCGUGCCCUCCAGCGGAAUCGGCUCCCAAGUGCAAGCCAAAGUUCAUCAGACGACGUCGACGCCGAUCGGACCCACUGCCGGCGGACCGAUCACCAUCCUGGACAAACAGCAGCACCAUCAUCCGAAUCCCAGCCGGCAGCCUCAUCAACUUCAUCAGCAGCAACCGCCUCAACAACAACACAAGGAAAUCAAAUUUCGUUCGGCACCGAUCAAAACCGUAUCGAAUGGAUCGACCAUGUACUCGGUGCUGUACGCGGGGAAUGGCAAUAAGAUCACGAUCAAGCGGAAAAUGGACCCACCGCACAUCCAGCGGAAGGCCACGAUCCACACGCUGGACAAAGAAGGCCAGAUCAAGCUGGCCAAGACCCUGGCGGACAAUUCGGCCGCCAUGAGUGGCUUCAAGAUGCCUCAGACGACCACCGGCGGAUUGACCACCGUGCAAGGAGGACACAACGUGACGGUUGUCAAUGCCGGAACCGCUGGGGCCACUUCUAGCGCAACGAUCAAUACCGGAGCGGCAAUGAGCAAACAGACGGCCAAACAGUUGCUCAAACGGAGAGGCUGCCGGUGUGGGAACGCCACGGCCACCCCCGGGAAGCUGACGUGCUGUGGCCAGCGGUGUCCCUGUUAUGUCGAUUCCAAGUCCUGCGUCGACUGCAAGUGCCGAGGCUGUCGGAAUCCUCACCGGGCCGAUGGCAUGAAGGUUCGACCGCACAUUCCCGAGCUACAGAAUCUGGAAAUCAAUCUCCAUAAUCCGAACGAGGAGGAAGCUCUCACCACGGCCACAACGACUGUCCUGGCUCCUCAGCAGACCGUAAGUUCCAUGGGCACCAACAGCGUAACGUCACACAUAAGCGUCCUUGGCCCACAGAGUUCACUUGCUGCCAGUACGAGCGUUAGUCAGCCGCUGCCGAAUCAUAGCCUGGGCCAAACGAUCAGCACCGGAGGCAAAGGGUUGACCCAGAUCAGUCAUCUGCCGGGAGGUUCGACACUCAAAAUCACACCCACAUCGAUAGCUAAUGUGUUGAGCAGUACAAAUCAACUGAUAGCCGGCCCGGACGGGAUGGACAUGGUUCCCAGUGGGGGCCUACUAGAUUCCAACGGGUUCAGCUACAUAACGCAGGCCAGCUUGGAUACGGGGACGGGCGUGGGGGUGGGACCCGGACCGACCACCACCCAGUACAAUGUGUCCAACGGAGGGACAAUACACGGUAAGAUGGUCGGCAUCUACGCGACGCAUCUCGGCGACGUGUCUAACAUGAUUCGGACGGACACCGGCCUCAACAGUCUACUGACCCACAAACCACCGGACGCGCUGCUGACGCAAAGUUCGCUAAACCCUCUGAGCAUGUCGACCCCCUCGAGCCUGCUAGGCCACGCCCUCUUCAACCCAUCGACGACGGCGGCCAUGUCCACGAGUGGCGUGUCCAACAUCCUGAGCAACAGUGCGGUGACCGGAAUGCACAGUUCGAUCUCGCACGGACUGGAGCAGCAACUGGCCGGCAUGGGCGACGGAACCGGAAUCGACAUCGGCGACCAGUUGGACCUCGGCGGAACGAAUCUGAUCACCAUCGACGGAACGCUGGACGAUCGGUUGCAUCACACGGACGAUGUCGUCUAAGGUGGUAAAUUGUAGACUUUUAUUUCGAUUAGUUCGUAAACGGAAUAUUUGUUUUGUUCGUGGAGCACUCACUCUUCCAAAUUGCUCCCCGUUCAGCGACGAAUAAUAUGUGCAUUGAUUAUUGUCCCGUCCCAGGGACAGCCCUCCCCAUAAGCAGAACCUUACGCGUGUCGUAUAUUUCCUUCACAAAAUGGUCCGUCAUCCACUUUUCCUUCGAGUUGUGUAGGAAUGGGAGUUCCUCAUUUGGCAUAAAAUGGUCGUUCGGAAUAUUAGCCAUCAUGAUAUGCCAAACAACAUUAUGCCUGAGGGGGUACUCCCGUAGGAAUAAUGCUUUAUUAGGUUUCGUGCUCGCUAUUUUGUCGAUAUAUGUAAUUAUUAUAGUUCUACGCGUAAAAGCAAACACACAAACAUGGUAGUUUGGUAGACUUUUUUGUACUAUUACGAUUACUCUCAUACAUGUGUAGCAAACAACAGGAAACAACAAUGGAACAAAACGAGCAGCAGUGUUCUAAAGAUUGACUGAGUGGUUUUGCGCUGGAACUGUGCUACUGCUUGACGAAGGGGUUCGAAUUCAUUUUGAAUUCAAAGACUUCUUGAAGCAUCAGCGAAAAACUACUCACUCCUAUUAAUAGCUAAGUAGCAAGCAAAACCCCCCAAAAAGUCAAUCGUCGCAUCGUGCCGGGUCCUGGAUCUUUCGUUCCCUGGGCAAUACGACGAACGGCAUCGCCAUCGGCGCCGCCCGUCUUCAGUAGUGAGAUGUUCGAUUUUAAGUAACCCCCAAACCCUUUCCCCCACAGGCAGGAGAUUCCUCUAAUAACUAAUUGACAAAAUCCGUUUUUCCUACUUGUUUUUACUGGUAAAUGUGGAAAAUUGCAGCUUGAACCGUCGUCGUCGUCGAUAUCUUUGCGCGGAUGAAUGCCACACAGUCGUCGAGUUUCGGCGACUUUCUUGUUUUCGUACUGAUGAUUGAAUGGUUAGAAUAGCGCAUGUAACCUACUGAUUUAGCAGAAAUUUGAACCGGUGGGUUCGAGAGUUUGUUCAUACCGCCGUGCGUGAGUGAAUGGUAAAAGCAGUAUAUAUUUCAAUAAACUAUUUUUUGUCAAUGUA